AUGACAUCGUCGUCGAUGAGGACGCCCUCUUCCCAUAGACUCUGUACAUAAGCCUCUCAUAUAAACACCACUCUACACAUCCCGUCCGAUACAGGCAGGACUAAACCCCAAAAGGAAAAUCGACCAUCCAGCUCGGCAUCUAACACCUCUCUACUCUCUCCCUUCUCCUCCAUAAUCCUCGCCAUGUCCCUCUCCCGAACCGCCCUCCGAGCCGUCCGUUCGUACUCGACCGCGAGCCCGAUCACCGUCAAGCACUCGACGAGCAACUCGAGCGGAUCCCUGCUGGGCAACGUGGAGGUCAACUGGGCAAGCAGGUCGCCCGUCGAGCGACAUGAGAUUUACGAGAAGCUCGCCGAGAUCCAAAAGCAGGACUGGAAGGCGCUGACGAUCGACGAGAAGAAGGCCGCCUACUACGUAGCUUUCGGCGCUCACGGUCCUCGUCAAGCCGUCAACCCUCCCGGUCACUCGAUCAAGAUCCUGGUCGGGACCUUGGCCGCUUGUGGUGCCGCUAUCGGUAUCUUUGGAUUGAUCAGGAGCUCUGCCCCCGCUCCUCCCAAGACCAUGACCAAGGAGUGGCAGGAGGCUUCUACCGAGAUGGCCAAGGAGCAGAAGAUCAACCCCAUCACCGGUAUCAGCUCUGAGGGUUACGCCGGCAAGGGAUUCGUUUCGGCUUAGUUGAUGAGGGAGUAGAUUGUAGUAGAGUAAUGACCCUGUGCGAGAGAGUUGUGGAGAGGACAGAGAGUACGAGAUAUGAAAUGGAAAUCGCCUUCUUGA